AUGGCUACAACUUUGGUGAUGACAUUGGGGCUUGUUGGCGUUGUCAUCUAUCUGAGAAAGACUCUCCCGGACGGUUCAAAGCCAAGCUAUGCCAGCUCAUCCACACUGCAAGCGCGAGGAGGGGGAGCGGCGGGAGCAACAAUAAUUGAACGCCAGAGAAACUUGUUUACCCUAGCGCCAGUCUUCACGGCUGGACCGCCAAUACUGCCCGGAGACUUCCCGAUCAUUUCAAGCACUGUAGACUGCACAACGGUCAUGGUUCCAGCGCGUCAAGUCAAACGACAGGGAUAUUGGCACACAUACUGCUCGACAAGCUAUUUCACAAUUACUCGGACACCGACCGUAACUUUGACAACAAAGGGGCCGCUCUUCACUCUGAGGCCGACGAGAAUAUUUACUUUUAGACUUCCAUCCGGCUCUCCUGUGGUAGAUUGUACUACCUAUGUUAUCCCAGAUAAGCUCAAGCGCGGCGAGGAGGUUGACUGCACGACUAGAUACGUGCCUUUCACCACAUCCACCAGGCCAACAACAACUGUAACGACAACCCCAACAGAGUCCCCUACAGAGACCUCGACAAUAACGCCUCCAACAACACGGCCACCCACAUCGAUGACGAUCUCCACCAGCUCAACAGUCUUCUCGUCCACAAUAUCAACAUCGACAACGACAACAACAACAACAGUGGAAGAUAUAUCCACUAUGCCAACCGUUGUUGAUCCCUGCGCUACGACAUGGAUGGACUGUCAGGACCGCAUCGAGGGUAAAUGCCUCACGUUUACCUUGACACUUUCAGAUUGCCCUUCCACCUCGACCGAAACUGUGAUAACCACCACGCCGAUAGUUACGUCAACCGUCACUGCACCGCCCAUUGUCGAUACAUGCAUGGCAACUUCGGUAACCUGUACAACCAUACCAAUUAUUCUUGCAAGGGGUCUGAGAAGGGCUGACAGGAUUGACUGUAUGACGUCUUUUUCAACUUUGGAAGAAUGCAUCUCCACCUCAACAACUACUACCACUCCUUCCACAAGCUUGCAGACUUCAACCACUUCAGAAAAUGCAACAACAAUUACCAUCUCGCCAUCCUUCACUUCUAUUAACUUGAGUACCUCCACCCCGGGUACGGAGGAAACUACAUCCGCCUCUUCAUCAGAGCAGUCAACGUCCGCCGAAGUCAGUACUACAGAUCUUCCCGAAACACUACCAACCUCUGAGAUAGAGUCUCCAACUACUGUUAUAAUUCCGCCUUUGACUACCUCAACAGUCACCUUUGCAUCCAUCCCAACAGCUAUCUCUAUAUCCACCUCAAGAAACCCUCUUAUCACCACUCUAACAACUGCUCCAACAACUGCUCCAACAACUACCUCAACUAUUACUCCAACUACUAGUCCAACGGCCUCCUCAGCAGCCAUCACAGCGGUUAUUCCAUCGACUUCUGCGACCAAUACUUUGACAACAACACCCUCUGCAAUGUCAGUAACAACCACUCCGAUAACGAUUUCGACAAAUACCCCAUUGACUCCGUCAUCGGUUGUGUCUUCAAAUGCCGAAUCCAAUCCAGGCUCAACAACCUUAACAAAUGUGCGGAUUCCCGGAGUAAGCACUAGCCUCCAGACCGAGACGACAAACACGGAGUCGACCAGCUUAAUCUCUUCAGCUUCAGGUGGAACUUCGACGCGGAAUGUGCAGACCACGGAUCCUAUAAACACAGCAACGUUUUGGGGGACUGAAGCAGCGACAGAGACAAACUCGGACCCAUUUGUUAUUGCCCAAGUAUCGUCUCAACCGGAGCCCGAUUCCACAGCAUUGACUGUGACUGGUUCUAGCUCGAGUUCGGUGACGUCAAUUCUGACAACAAAUACGGAGACUGAGGAAGCUGCCAAGUCAACUUCUUCCCAAGAAUCGACAAUUGUCACGGGGUCAAUCUCGUCCGUCGUAUCAUCUUCUGAGACCAAUCCAUCCAGGAUUUUGUCCUCCACGCUGUCUAGCCCCGACACAACCCAUUUUUCAUCUUUCUCCUCUGCUCAGAAAUCUUCUGGGGCUUCAACUGAAGAAGCCACACCGAUAGCCCAAACAGGUCAAACAGCGACCGGCUCAGCAACCGUUGGUCCAGGUGAAACCACAGCAACAUCAUCACCAAGCCCAGAUACAGGCGCCCCAGCCCUCAUGUCAUGGCCAUAUUGGAAGAUCACAGAGUCCCUCACUGGAAACCAUGCCCCUCUGAUCGUAGGGCGAGGUUUCAUGCUCAUGAUGGGUGCCUUCUACCAACAGGUCAUCACCCAUGACCCAGUCAGGCAGCUCACAAGCGGGGGCAUCUCUGCCACAGAACUUGUCAGUCCCCCGAUCGGAGCUUCAGAGUUUGGUCUCUUUGUAGCUCAAAUCGGCACCAUCUUCGUAGCCGGUGGGACAUACGUCGAUACCAACUACUGCAACGACCUCGCAUCUCCCACCAACAUCAACCCCUGUCCUCCCAAAAUCACCGGAAAUCCAUGGGUUCUCGACAUCAUCAUUACCAUUCUGGUGAUCCAAGCCGGGGUGGUAGCCUACACGAUGAGCAAGUGGUUCCAAAAGCCAGGGCGCCUCUCGGCUGACCCUACUACCAUUGCCGGCGUGGCAGCCGUAAUGGGCCAUCCACAGAUUGAACAGCAGUUUUCGUCUUUUGGCGGGGAGAUCACACAACAGGAACUGCUGCAUGCCCUCAAGGGGCAGGAAUUCAAGCUCGGGACUUUUACCACCGAGGAUGGGGUCACAAAGUAUGGGAUUAUGCCUGUGGCUUUGUAUGAGAGGAAGGAUAGGAGCCAGAGGGGGUGGUGGGCGAGGACGAGGGACACCGUCCGGUCGGGGUUCAACAAGGCGAUGUUUUUUAGGAAUUGGAAGCUGAAUAGGCUGUUUCUUGAUGUUGUUUUCGGACUGUUGCUGGUGGCUCUGCUUGGGCUAACGCUGGCUUCGUUGGCGAAUAUUGAGCAGCCGCAAAAGGUGUUUUUGCCGACGGCUGUUGCUAGUGGAGUUGGGAUGAAGAUUUUGUUUGCGCUUUUGGGGGUGCUGAUCUCGUCGAAUUGGGGGAGGUUGUUUCAGGGUGAGUUGAUAUCUUGUUCUCUUUUUCCUUCUCUUUUUUCUUCCAUUUUUCCCUUGUUCCCUUUUGUUCCCUCUGUCUUUUAG